GUUCAGCUAAACAAAAAAUGUGUACAGGUUUAUAACAACCUGAUGGUGAGUCAAUGAUUUUUUGGAGAACUGUUGCUUUAAGGUUAAAUGCUAUAAAAAGCUCCUAAAGGACACGGUCUAUCACAUCUUGCUCUGAUUGGUCAGAUUCUGCCUAUUGUGAUGUACCUUCACCCGUCCAAUCACAUCAAUAGAUUGUAACGUGUGCGAAGGCCCCCUGCUGCGGUCACUUCCCCCGAGCGGAGACGACAUUGAGAGCUCUCUCUCUCUGUGUGUGUCUAUAAAUAGACAAACAUUGACCUCUCUGAAAUCGUGUGUGUGUGUGUGUGUGUGUGUGUGUGUGUGCGUGCGUGCGUGCGUGUGUGUGUGUGUGUGCGUGCGUGUGUGUGUGUUGGGGUAGGAGUGUGUUAAACACACAUUUGUCUCACUCCACUGUCACACUUUUAAUUAUUCUGUUCAUGGCUCUCCAGUUUCGUUUCUACAAAUGACACUCGUGAAGUCUCGCUUAAUUAGACUGUGUUCAUUCCCCUGGUUAUGACAUGUACCUGCACACACACACACACACACACACACACACACACACACACGUUCUCUAUUUCUAAUUUCAAUUUCUACUCUAUUCUUUCUGGUUUAUGAACUAUCUGACUGCUGGUUAUUUUGAUAUCAGAGUGUUUGUUUCUGCAUCUUCUUUGUUUGGGUUCUAAAUAAAAUUGGUUCAUGUUGUUUGUAAAGAUGGAGUGUGUGGAUUCUUCAUUACAGUGACCGAAGUCUCUCAUUUACAUCAGGAAUAAAGUCAAACAUCACUCUUACUCCUGCUCAUGGGAUUUAAGGGCUUCCAUAACCAAAAAUAGAUGUUUAUUUAUAAUAAAGGCACAGUUCACCCAAAAAUGAAGAUUCUGUCAUGAAUUCCUCACUCUCUAGUUGUUCCAAAUCUGUAUAAAUAUCUUUUUUCUGAUGAACACAGAGAAGAUAUUUGGAAGAAUGUUUAUAACCAGACAGAUUUUGCCCCCCAUUGACUCCCAUAAGAGGAAAAAAUACAAUGAUAGUCAAAAGUGCCCCAGAACUGUUUGCUGUCCUACAUUCUUCUAAAUAUCUCAUUUUGUGUUCAACAGAACAAAAACAAAAGAUAAAGUCAUUCUUCCUACUGUGGGAAUCAAUGGGCUCCAAGAACUGGUCGUGUACUCAAAGUUUAUUACUGUUACACUCAAAGUAAACUUCACCCCCAAAAAUGGUCCCCAUUGACUUUCCAUAGUACAAAAUAAAACUGACUAUGGUCAAGUCAAAGGACUAUUUUUGGGUGAACUAUUCCUUUAAAAGUUUACUAUGAGUGUGGUCCAACUUAGGCUCGAGUUGUAUUGAAAUAGCACACUGACAAGUAUACUUGUACUAGUAUGUUUUACUUAAAAUGUACUUUCAAAUUGAACUUGAAGUAUUCUUAUGUUUGCAAAGGUUGAGCCCCCCUCAGUUUGAAUGUUUCUGUUAUGUUUUGAGUUUAUUUGCACCACAUUUAAGAGAACACAACUGACAGAUCGGUUGAUAUGUUCGUGAAAGUCCUUACAAAAAAGAAGUCUAUGCUUAAGUAUGCUUAUGUAGGAUGCAUACUAAUAUCAGUGUAGGUGUUCUGUCACAACACUACCUGGGACUAAACUAGUCUACGUUUUAGUUCAUAAGAACAUCUUCAUCAAAAGAUUGAGUACAAGUCUAGGCCAAAUACACUUUCCUGUCAGUAUACUUCAGUGUCAUUUUAAGAAUAAAGAAUAAAAGGUAGAGUGAAAGCACACUUGAAUAAAGGUCUUUGUUGUAAGGGGGUUUCUGAUAGCGCUGUCUGUGUUGGAGAUGUUUUCCGUGUCUUAUCUCACUGACCGUUAUUUCAGGAGUGGAUGCCAGCACCCAGACCUUUUAUGGAGCGCUGAGGGUCACCGGCCGACCCAUGAUGCACUGGGGCGAGCGAGUUCUCUAUAAGUGAAGCGUGAAGCGAGGCCGCUCUUUUGUCUGAAUCUGUCAUGGCUUCUGCGAGCGGUUCUUCAGCGUCUCGAUGCUCUUCUUCAUCGUUCCAUCACUCAUCACGCUACAGCACGAGCACUGUGAGAUCCUCCAGCGCUGAUUCUCUCCAGCCGAGACUUCACAGCCGCUUUGGAGAGGAAACCUCCAUCCGCUCCAUCACAGACGACUUGGAGCCCGAGCAGGAGUCCUUCGCCCGUUACCAUGGUAAUUCACGAGACCAAUCAUCGUGGGAUGACACCUUUGGUGGUAACCAAGGCGAUCAACAGUCGUUUGGAGGUUACAGUGAGGACCAGAAGUACACCGGAGGAGGUUUCCAUGGCAACUGGAGUCUUGGAGAUACAGGCAUGCAGGUGUCCGGCUCCAGGCGUUCCGCCAGCACGGGUGUGGUCAGGGCGAUGGGCGACAGCUACUUCCUGUCCGCAGAUGUCAGUGGGUUUGAGCCACAGGAAGUGGUGGUGCUGGCGUAUAAUCAGUGUGUCGUCAUUCAAGCAGAGAAGUCUGAAGCUGCUGGAAGUGUUGCAGGCAGGUUUACCCAGAAGUCUGUGCUGCCGGAGGACAUGGACCCGCUGUCUGUGAGCAGUGCACUGACCUCAGAGGGGAUUCUCACCAUCAGAGUCAGCCGCACCCCAAAACAACCCGGAGAACCUGGGACUCCGGUCUUCUGCUCUGAAGCUCACUUUUGACUCUACAGAAAAGAACAUUCGGUCUCAUCCUCAUGACAAUUCUCACGGUGUUAGACCCUAUCAAAACAGAUUUAGAUUAUAUUUUAUUUAUACUUAUUAGACAAGGAAUAUUGUUUCAAGAACCACGCGAGUUAGAUUCUUUACUUUGACUGUGGAUGAUGGCAGACAGGUGAGGAGGAGGUAACCAUAGCAACAGCAGACUGGUUCCCUGUAGGAUCAGUAGUACAUCAUAUUCAUCAUUCCUUUCACUUCUUUUUCACUGAUGAAAAAGGCUGUGACGGCUCACGGCGGACUGAAGUUUCCAGGUGUCGAAGCCCAAAUAAAAACUACUGUAGUAUUAACCAUAGUGACCUUCAGUGUUUUCAAGCUUACUGUAGUAAAUAUUAAAGUACACUACUAUUUUCAUGUGGGUAAAAUAAUUGAAUUGUUCUUGAAGCCUUUGUGUUAAAUCUUUUUAAUACGUUGCAGUGUUUUUUUUUCAAAUCUAUAAAAUCACACCAUCUAGAAUAUACUUGGCUUAACUUUAUAAUAUAU